AAGGGAGCUGUGAGGGAUCUUGAAAGGACUGUGGCCGCGAGUCGUGCAAGGAAGCACGGGAGUCAUGACCCAGCUGCUCCUGGCGCUCUUGGUGUCCCUGGUGUCUGUGGAGCUCGCCCAAGGCUUGGAGACCAGGGUGCCAGCCCGAAACCUGAGCUGCUUCCAGUGUUUCAAGGUCCAACACCCCAGCCAGUGUCAGCCCAUAAAGUGCCAGCCAGACGAGAAAGUCUGCCAGAGCAACGAGGUGCUCAUUUACUCAAUUUCAAUGAGCAGAAUGCAGAUCAGCAAGCGCUGCGCUGUCCAGUGUCCCAACACCAACAGUCAGUUUGAGUGGACACUGAACAAAGGAAUUCAGGGCAAGAUCACCAGGAAAUGCUGCUCAAGGCCUCUCUGCAACAGAGCACCUGCCACCCAGCAGAGGUUCGGGGCCCUGCCGAGAAGGAUCCUGCUACCGAUGGGUCUGGGCCUCUUCUUCACCCUGUGGUGAGGACACCCCUCCGCCCCUGUGGCACCUCAAGUGGCUAUCCCGCCUCCAUUCCAUCUCUGAGGUGGAAGGGAGGGCACCAUAAAUUCGCUCAGGACCCAGCAGUCUGCUCCCACCCAACAUCUUGGCUCCUCGUGGAGACAGACAAGGGAGUAUUUCCAACGCAGGCCGCAGGAUGCUUAGAGAAAGCUCUUGACCCUUGGCAUGCUGCCCAGACUCUGUGAGUGGCAGAACAGACCUGGUGAAGCCAGAGGUGCAGCCACUCCCUGGCCCUGCUCGAUCUCCCCCAUAUCAGAUCACGUUCCUGAUGGGGUCCAGGCUGAGAAGCACUAUGGGGUCCCCUGUUCGUGCACAGGCACUGCCGGCUGUGUCGCUCUCGGCAGAGACAGUAAACCCUCGA